GCGGGCGGGCGGCUGCGGGGCGGGGCGCGGUCUCGCUCGGCCUCCUGGCGGCGCCGCGGCCCUUGCACUCCGGCCGGGCUCUGGGGCUGCAACGGGAGCUGGACUCGGGAGGCGGCGGCGCUGGGACAGUGAAGCAUGGAGCUGUAUUUCGGUGAAUACCAACAUGUGCAGCAGGAAUAUGGCGUCCACCUACGGCUUGCAAGUGAUGAGACCAAAAAGUCAAGAAAUUCCCAGCACUCCAAGGCAGGCUCCUAUGGGGUCAGUAUUAGGGUCCAGGGAAUCGACGGCCAUCCCUACAUAGUUCUGAACAACACAGAGAGGUGUCUUGCUGGCACAUCCUUUCCUGAAAAUGGGCCAUCAUUUCCACCUCCACUGAUAAAUCACCUGCCCCCCCAUUCUAGCAAUGGGUCUGUGCUAAAGGAGAACAGCGGAGAAGAAUUACAGCUCCCAGAAAACCCAUAUGCCCAACCCAGCCCAGUAAGAAACCUGAAACAGCCCCCUUUCCAUGAGGGCAAGAAUGGAGUUCUAGAACACAAAGAUGGGCCCAUGAAGCCAUCCCACGUGCUGAACUUUCAGAGGCAUCCGGAGCUUCUGCAGCCCUAUGACCCUGAAAAGAAUGAGCUGAACUUACCAAAUCACCAACCUCCUGAAAGUAAUUGGCUAAAAAAUUUAACAGAAGAAGGUACCAAUAAUAAGAAGGCUUGGACUUACUUUCCCAAACCUGGCAGUUCCCAGCCUUCCAGCCCUCCCUUGGAAUCCAAUGUGACAGCCAUUCGUCUGUGCAGCUCUGUGGUCAUUGAAGACCCCAAAAAGCAGACCUCAGUGUGCGUGAAUGUUCAGAGCUGCACCAAGGAGAGGGUGGGAGAGGAGGCUGUUUCCCCUAGUGAGAGGUCCCUAGCUGCCCACAGCCCACAUGCCCACCCCGAAACCAAGAAAACCAGGCCAGAUGUUCUUCCCUUCCGUCGACAAGAUUCAGCGGGACCGGUCCUGGAUGGAGGUCGGUCACGGAGGUCGUCCUCGUCAUCCACGACUCCCACUUCAGCCACCUCCUUGUACAGAUUUUUACUUGAUGAUCAGGAAUGUGCCAUCCAUGCUGACAACGUCAAUCGUCAUGAAAACAGAAGGUACAUCCCCUUCUUGCCAGGAACUGGGCGGGAUAUUGAUACGGGAUCAAUUCCUGGUGUGGAUCAGUUAAUUGAAAAGUUUGAUCAAAAACCUGGGCUUCAGAGAAGAGGAAGAUCUGGAAAACGAAACAGAAUCAACCCAGAUGACAGGAAAAGAUCCCGCAGCGUGGAUAGUGCCUUUCCUUUUGGUCUUCAGGGGAACUCGGAGUACCUAACCGAAUUUAGUAGGAACUUGGGCAAGUCUAGCGAACACCUCCUCCGUCCCUCCCAGGUGUGCCCGCAGAGGCCGGCGUCUCAAGAACACCGAGGGAAGCAAAGUGUGGGCCGCACCUUUGCCAAACUGCAGGGAGCCACUCGGGGCGCUCAGAGCGCCCUCCCCAGGCCUCAGCAGAACAAAGAUGGGAAAGUGGCUGAAAACAAAGGAAGUCCGGAAAGCAUGGUGAUUCCUGUGUCCUCCCUUCCCGCACAGAGUAAAAAGGAAGAAGAAAUAAAAACAGCCACUGCUACCUUGAUGUUACAGAACCGGGUGGUGCCAACCUCACCCGAUUCUGGUGCCAAGAAAAUUUCUGUGAAGACGUUUUCUUCCAGCUCAAACACUCAGGCCACACCAGAUCUCCUGAAGGGCCAGCAGGAGCUCACUCAACAAACCAACGAGGAGACCGCCAAGCAGAUACUUUAUAAUUACCUCAAAGAAGGAAGUACGGACAAUGAGGAUGCUACCAAAAGGAAAGUCAACUUGGUUUUUGAGAAAAUCCAGACCUUAAAGUCACGAGCAGCCGGGAGCGCACAAGGAAAUAAUCAAGCUUCUAACUCAUCAUCUGAAGUCAAAGACCUAUUGGAACAGAAAAACAAGUUGACCUUAGAAGUGGCUGAACUUCAGAGGCAGCUUCAACUAGAGGUCAAGAAUCAACAAAACAUCAAAGAAGAGAGAGAGAGGAUGCGGGCAGACUUGGAAAAGCUGCAAAGCCAAUGUGACAGUAAGGUGGAAGAGAACUCCACAUUGCAGCAGCGACUGGAAGAAAGCGAAGGGGAGCUCCGGAAGAACCUGGAGGAGCUCUUCCAGGUGAAGAUGGAACGAGAACAGCACCAGACGGAGAUCAGGGACCUCCAGGACCAGCUCUCAGAAAUGCAUGAUGAGCUGGACAGUGCUAAGCAGUCUGAAGACAGGGAGAAGGGGGCGCUGAUAGAGGAGCUCCUCCAGGCAAAACAGGAUCUUCAAGAUCUGCUGAUCGCCAAGGAGGAGCAGGAAGACCUCUUGAGAAAGCGGGAGCGUGAACUCACGGCCCUCAAGGGUGCUCUGAAAGAAGAGGUUUCCAGCCACGACCAGGAGAUGGACAAGCUGAAGGAACAAUAUGAUGCCGAGCUGCAGGCCCUGAGGGAGAGCGUGGAGGAGGCCACAAAGAAUGUUGAGGUCCUGGCCAGCCGGAGCAAUGCUUCAGAGCAAAGCCAGGUGGGAGCUGCCAUCCGCGAGAAGGCUUUAAAGGAGGAGAACGAGAAGCUGCGGGAAAGAAUUGGAGAGCUGGAGCGGAGAAUGGCUCAGCUGCAGAGGCAGAUGGAGGACGUGAAGGGUGAUGAAGCCCAAGCGAAGGAAACGCUCAAGAAGUGCCAGGGUGAAAUGCAGCAGCUGGAGGAGGCCCUUGUGCGUACCAAAAAGGAAGAAAAAGAAGCCAUGUCAGCCAGAAGGAUCCUAGAGAGUGAGCUUGCAGAUGCUCAGAGAGAUCUCAGUCAGAUCACCCAGAAGCAGAAGCAUCUGUCUGAGAAGCUACAUGAUGAGACUGAGCAGAAGGAACAGUUGAGAAAGCAGAAGAACGAGAUGGAGAAGGAGCGCUGGCACCUUGACCAAACCAUUGAGAAGCUACAGAAGGAGAUGGCUGACAUUGUUGAGGCGUCCCGCACAUCAACGCUGGAACUCCAGAACCAGCUGGAUGAGUAUAAAGAGAAAAAUCGCAGGGAGCUUGCAGAAAUGCAAAGGCAGUUGAAGGAAAAAACCCUAGAGGCAGAAAAGUCCCGGCUGGCAACCAUGAAAAUGCAAGAUGAGAUGCGGUCAAUGGAGGAAGAGUUACGGGACUACCAGCGAGCUCAGGAUGAAGCACUCACAAAAAGACAGCUUCUGGAGCAGACACUGAAGGACCUGGAAUACGAGCUGGAGGCCAAGAGUCACCUCAAAGACGACCGCAGCAGACUCCUCAAACAGAUGGAGGACAAGGUGUCCCAACUGGAGAUGGAACUAGAAGAAGAAAGAAACAACUCGGAUUUGCUGUCUGAGAGAAUCACUCGGAGCAGGGAACAGAUGGAGCAGAUGAGGAAUGAGCUACUUCAGGAGAGAGCUGUGAGGCAAGACUUGGAGUGUGACAAGAUUUCCCUGGAGAGACAGAACAAGGACUUAAAGAGUCGGAUUAUCCAUCUGGAAGGUUCCUACAGGUCCAGUAAAGAAGGGCUGGUGGUGCAAAUGGAGGCCAGGAUUGCAGAACUGGAGGACCGUCUGGAGAGUGAGGAGAGGGACCGGGCCAGCCUACAGCUCAGCAACCGAAGGCUGGAGCGGAAAGUGAAGGAGCUGGUGAUGCAGGUGGACGAUGAGCAUCUGUCGCUGACCGAUCAGAAGGACCAGCUGAGCUUGCGCCUGAAAGCAAUGAAGCGACAGGUAGAGGAGGCUGAGGAGGAAAUCGACAGACUGGAAAGUUCUAAGAAGAAGCUGCAGAGGGAGCUGGAGGAGCAGAUAGAUGUGAACGAGCAGCUGCAGGGGCAGCUCAAUUCCAUGAAGAAGGACUUAAGACUUAAGAAGCUGCCCAGUAAAGUGCUGGAUGACAUGGACGACGAUGACGACCUCAGCACCGAUGGGGGAAGCCUCUAUGAGGCACCACUGAGCUACUCCCUUCCCAAGGACAGCACCGCCACCAGCCAGAUCUGAGUCCACGUCCAGGGCUGAAGUGGCCCAUCCUUCCUAACGGACACUGCAGCCAUCCAAAGCAGAAGGAAGUGUGUCUCGAGCUGAGACCCACCACUUCCUUUUCACACCACAUGCUGGUUCCUCAACCUUAUAUUCCUCCCUAGGGUCUCUCUGAGGUCCAGUGGCUCUUGAAUCUUAUGGAGCUAUUGCAAUUUAAAACAAGGAAGAGAAGCCAGCACCCAAUGGGGCAUUUUCAAAAAUAUAAUUUGAUAGGCUGAAGGCCCCGUUCUGCACAGCCGUUUUCCAUGGCCACUUUCAUUGGCUGCUUCUGCCCUCCUCUCCUUUGCCAAGAGAAAGGGUCCGAAAUGCUAGUUAUUAUUAACAGUCACUGUGCGGAUAAGGAAGUGACAUGUAGACUGUACAUAUUUUAACCAGACCUUCUCACAGACUGCUGCUGUUCCAUUUUGGAAUAUGCCAGAGCCUUUGUAGGGUGGCUAAUUUGUGAAGUUCACACACUAUAUUGAGUAUUCUUUCUUAAAAUAUGAAGCUACUAGGUUUUAAGUGUUAAAGAGUAGAGAGAGGACGGAGAAUGAAGACCACUUUUAAAAUCAGAGUUGGACAAAAGGAAUUGACAUAGUGACAGUGGAUAAUCAGUACUGCGAGUCGGUAUUCAGGUGAUCUGGGUAAACAGCUUGCUGAUAGAAGGUCGCUUACCUGUAGGCUGUAUCUAUGACCUUGGCUACUUAUUUUACCUAAAAUUAUAGUUUCUGAACCAUGCUAAGACCAGUGCCCAGUCACCACUUUCUUUUAUACAGGUGGGGAGGGGAGACUUGUAUGCAGGGUUUUUAACAAGUGGUGUGAUUUCUGUAAGGAUGGGGCCCCGUUGUCAUGUCUCCUUCCUCCCCCCACUGCCCUUGGGCCUGGGAUGGGGAAAAUAGCAGGGCACAGGGAGACAGGGUUCCUGGGCUUCAGUGACAGGACAGGGCUGGUUAAGUGAUGAAGGAAGGGGGAGAUGGGUUGUGUGUGUGGGAUUAGUGUGAGGAAGACAGAAGUUCUUGAAAGCUGGGGCAUGUGUAGACAAGAGGUAGGUUGAGCUGGAGCUCAGAUGGACGUCAAGGAGGGAGGAAAGAAUGGCAUGAUAUGCAAACUGAGGUCUUCUUUCACCCUCCUGCAAGCAGUGACAGGGAAUGGGUGAGGUCUGGGGCAAGUCACGGAGCCCACUCAGCAGGGUUCAGAGUGAUGGGCCCAGUUGAAGGAUGAGUGUCUGGAGCCAGAGAACCAAGCCCUUCUCCACCUCCAGGGUUACUGUCCCCUCACCAUGGCUGGGGGUGGUUCUUGCCUCUGCUUACCCUCUGGGUGUGGACAGAUUCUUCCUUUUAGCCAUUAACCCAUUUAGCAAGUACGUCCUGGGCAUUUGUGAUACAUCAGGUGCAGUCCUUGGCCCUGGGACCUCAGCAGUGACGAGAACUCCUCCCCUCCUGGAGUUCAAGGAAGAGGGCAACAGAGAAUAAUCAAGCUGACACAGGGCUGAGCACCUCCAUGCCCAGCCCCACAUCCCUCUGUCUUCUUGGGGAACGUGACUAGUCUGAAGUCACACUGGGAGGGGUCUUCCUUUCUCUGCUGCAUUACUAUCCAUUUGCCAAUGAGCCUGCCCAGAAAUGCCUUGGCCUACUCUGAACUCCAGACAGCACACCUGAGGACUUCGGGAGGGAGCAUCUGAUUUGCUCCUUAUUCUGGUUAAUUCUUUCUGGUAGCUGUGAGGCUGGCAACAAGAAGCAAAAGUGCUCCUCAAGAGAAGCAAAGCCACCAUUCCAAACACACACAUUACCACCCAGAUAAGAGGCCUCUAAACCUGUGAAUGAUUGCACAUUCCUAAGCUAUAAUGGAGUUGGCAUGCAAUACAGCAGGUUGGGAAGCUACUGGAAGGGAUUGACUGGACUGAGAUUUAGGGAGGUUUUUUUUUUUUUUUUUUUUUCAAGUCCCAGCUCAUCUCAUUACCCAUGACCUUAACAGGGUGCUGCCUGGGACAAGAUGACGAUUAGACCCAGGUCCUUCCUAGUGUGAAUAUGCUAUCAUUAUUUGAUUUUAUUAUAUAUACAUAUUUUUUUGUCUAUUGCUUUAAAAACUAACCCUGCUCAAGAGUUUUCUUUAGCUAGCUUGAAGAAAAUAUUUUAUGUAAAAACAAAUAUGUGGCCAAAUGCAAUGUUGAGACAAUCACCAUAUAUCUAUUAUAUUUUUCCCUGCUUUGAAGUGUCCUUCUAUCAUGCCAAUUGGCUUAUUCUGUUGGUUUUCUGCUUUCGGGUAUGGUUUGGUUGCUUUUUGUUGUCAUGGGGAAGAGAUGUUCUUAUUGUGGCUACCUCCAUGUAAGAUUUCCUUUCAAUAAACAGCAUCAUCCAAUGGGAAUCGUGCCUCUUCCACUAUUUUUGCUACUUUAUUUUCUCCAGAACUUUUUUUAGGGGGGAAAGAGGGUAAGUACUGGGAAUUGAACUCAGGGGCACUCGACCACUGAGCCACAUCCCCAGCCCUACUUUGUAUUUUAUUUAGAGACAGGGUCUCAUUAAGUUGCUUAGUGCCUUGCUUUUGCUGAGGCUGCCUUUGAACUUGUGAUCCUCCUGCCUCAGCCUUUCAAGCUACUGGGAUUACAGGGAUGCACCACCAGGCAGAACUUGAUUCUGUGUUCUUCAAGAAACUGUCAAGGUGACUCUAGUUGGGAUCUACUGGAGGAAGGAGAAUUUAGACGCUUCCUGCCCUGGGACCAGCUUCUGAAAUAGAAAGGUGGGGGAGUGUUCUGUGGUGGAUGCUUAGGGAAUGAGUGGUGCUGGAUGGUUGUGUUGCUCUGGGAAAUCCACACUGCCCAUACCAGGAAAUGGCAAAGGGAGAAGCAUUAUUAUUUCCAUAAUAAGCAAGCACCUUGGUUUCUUCCUUUCCCUAAACUCAGGUGGGUUCUCCUGCCAUCACAGGAGAACCUGUGAUGCACCAUCUCUCUCCACCUCAUGGUAGGCAACAGUGGGCACCAUGGUCUCCGUUUUAUAGGAAACCAAAGAAGGUUUUCCGCCCUCUCUUCUGGAGACUUCUCUAGGUAAGCCCUGGCUUCUCUUGGCUGGCUCUGGGCAUUUCUCCACUGCUCCCUGCUCCGGGCAGCAUUUUGAGUUGUGCUCUCCUGGGACUUGGGUGAGCUCCUGUCCUCGGGCUCCAGUUCUAAAGGUGGCCAUGGCUUGCUGCUUCUCAGCACCCCUGGUGGUUUCCACUGCCCUUCCCAUCCUCCAUAGCUGCCACUGCAGUUGACUGCCGAUUCCUGCCCAGAGCUCCAUCAUGGUCCCUGUCAACGUAAAUGUGUUGAUCUUUCAGAUAACCAGCCAUUCAUUUCCCUCAUUCUAAGUAGAAGGAGCAUCCCAAAUGCAAAUGAGAUGUUCUAAUUUUAAUAAGUCCUUCAGGCCUUUUUAUAAAUUCUGUUUACUUUUUUUUUAAGUCAUGUAUAUUGAGAUAUAAUUUUAUAGUGAAAGUCACCCCUUGAUAUUUUCUUUUGAAACUAUUUAGACCCCUUUUUGACCCCAGCAUCCAUUUGGGGGUUGGGAUUCUGAGUGGCACCUGUCCCUCAGGCUGACAGGAGGAAUGUGAUUAGGAGCCCACAGCCAAAGGCAGAAAAUCCUUCUGGGACUGCCUUUGGCUUCUUCCGCAUUCUCUGCUCCACAUUCUCUGCAUUCCUUCCUUGGCCUGGCCCAUAGUAACAGGGAGCCUGUCUUAGUUGGGAGACUGUUGUUAGUUAUUUUUCUGUUCUAAAUUUUUAAAUGGUAGGGAAAAAUGACUGGACAACAAGUUUCUAUCAGGAGCUUAACAGUCCCAAAUCCAGAAAUCUAGGCUCUGCAGAAAAAUCACCAUGCCUAAGUCCUGGUCUCAGACCUGUUAGAUACACAGUGUCCAAUGUCAUCCCUGAUUUUCACAUGUGAGCCAAGGCCCAGCCAAGCCUCCACCCAUGAAGAAGAUUGGAGUAUGAGCCAUGCUGAGCUCAGCAAGGCUGGAGAAUGUGCCUGAGCAGUUCAGAAAUACAUUCCACAAUACGUAUUGUGUGCAGAGAGGAUGACAAACUGCCCACGUGCAGAAUCUUACUUGGUCUUACCAGAUUGUCAGCAAUGCUUAUGGUCUGCGAAUGUGAUUUUAAAGGUUUGAUGGGUAAACACAAAACAAUUUUGGAGAAGGCAGAAACUUUGGCAGUAAGGAAUUUGAGUCUCUGGAAAGUUGGGCUUUUUACUGUUGGUAGAAUAGAACUUGCGAGCAUAGGCCUUGUGCUAACACUAAACAAAGUUUAAGCCCCAGGCUAGGACCUUUGGAACUUACAGUAUACAAAAGUGGUGGUGACUAAACUAAAUGGAAAUUAGGUAUAAAAGAAGUCCUUUAUUGUUAGGGUCUGUAAACAAGUCAGGAUGGCGCCUGGUAUUUUGCCAGAGGGAGUGGUUUGUGAAGUAACGCCAGCGAGCCAUUAAGUGUGGAGAUUCCUUAUUGGUUGACUGCUGUAUUGAGCUUAUGUUAAUUAAGAUAAGCUGUGUGGAAUGUAUAUAUACCACUCCUGUCCUACAAUAAAUGGCUCCCACUCUUGCUGUAUCAAUCUACACAAGUUGCUUGUCACCCCCCAGUUAUUUUGCUGCAGCCGGACUGCGGCACUUUAUAUAUUUAUGCCAGGCAAAAUUUAUCUGUUCUUCCUGUGCUUUGCUAGCCCUAUCUGUAGUCAGGACCCAGUUUUCAAGAUCACGUACAGUUCAAUGGCUAACCUAUUUAACACUUAGCUGAUACCAGGCAUUGUCUAAACACACUACAUGGAUGGACUCAUUUGAUCUUAAUGACACCCCCACCCCCAGUGGGUACUGUUGUGACAAGCAAGGCACCCUAGGCAGAGGGAGGGCAUGUGGCACUGUAUUGUACCCUGGGUCUGGCUCUGGAGCUCACACUCUGCAACCUCCCCCGACCUCCCAUUGCCUGGAGCUUCACUUGUGGGUUUCUAUGCAGCCUGACAGCCUGCUCCACUCAGCAGUGCCAUUGGAGGCAAGUGGAACUCAAAGAGCCUUUGAAGCCACAGACCUCAUGGAUGUAGCUGUUUGUGUGUUUUUAGCUGUUCUUCUAACCUGCCAUCUGGCGCCAUUUUUGUGACUGGGAUUUUGGAGCUCUCAUUUUAUCUUUAAUCUUCCCUGCAGCAGUGCUGACUUAGUUCUGAGCCUUAUCUGGGUAGCAUGGCUGUUCUUGGGGGUCAUCAGGGCUCUCAGUGUAGGGUGGUCUUUUGGCAACACUAUCAAGUCCCUGAGUUUAGGUGGCUCAUAGGGAAUACGUGCCCUCCCAACCCCCAGACUGCUCUGUGAUGACAACCCUCUGUAAGUUUAUCAUGCUAGCCCAUGCAUGCUAGCCUGACAUUCAGAACUGCACUUGCAAACUGAAAUCAUCAGAUUGUCCCUAACAGAGCAAUCAAGAGAAGUCAUUCUCAAACCUCCCACCCCAGGGCAAUAUGGGAUUUGUGGGUAGAGUCUGGAAACCCUAGGCUUGGGGGCAGUGGACUGCCUUCCUAGAGGUGGCAACACAGUCUCUACUAAGCUAGGGGAAUGGUCACAGUAGGAGUGGGCUCUGGGGGCAUAGAAAGCUUGAAGAUUUAGGGCUGUGUGGCAGCUGAUCUUGAAAUGAGAUAGAUCUGUCCCCAGCCUUUCCCAGGAGUAAUGGGAUGUCAUCUGUGGAAACUGGUCUGACCCUGGGUGCCUCGUGGUGUGUUUUUGGAGGGGUUGUAUGCACAGGUGGGAGAUGGAAUCAACCUACAAAACAGAAGCCAAUCCCUUUAGGACCUUACCCAGAGACUUGACAUCAAUUAAUCUCCUUUGCCCUGGAAAUGGACCUGGUGGUAUUUUGGGGGCAGUAGGAGUGAUUCUUUAUUAAUGCCUAACAGAGCAAAUGCUGCAAUGAGCAAACCCCGUGACCAGAAAUCCCUGCACUUUACUUGAUUUCAUCUGCUCCCUAUGAGGUGGGUGGUGUUACCCCUUUUACUUGUUCUGGAACAUGUGCAGAAAGACAACAUGCCAAGUCAUCAACUAGUAAACCAUGGGGUAGGAUAAAGUCCCGUUCUGCUGCUCCUAGUAAUCCAGAUUUUCCCUGUAUGUGGCCAUGCUCAUCAUGCUGUCCCUCCAAAAUAGUCACUGCUGAUGUCUUUAGCUGAGGACAUUGGCGUGAAGUCUCACUGAGUCAUAGUCCCUGGCCUCCUGGUACUCUGCCCUUGGAGCCUGAGGCCUGCUCCAAGGGAAGGCAGCCACCUGCCUCUCUUUUCUACAAGCCACUUCCCCCAGCUGCUGGCUGGCCUUGCUGCAUUCCAGCUGCCUGGCCCUUCCAGACAGCUUUGUUUUCUAGGAAAGGUCUUGGAGAUUAAGACAAAGCAGGUGCCUCCAGUUGAAUGCCCUCCUGCCUUUGAAAGGGCCUGGCUGAUAAGCCUGCCAGUCUAGCCUCUCGGUCUCCUGGAUCUGAUCUCUAUGGUUAGGCUGUCUUGUCUUUCAUCUGGCCCUGCCUAUCACUGGGCAUGUAGACCCGGGCUCUUUGGAGCCAGGUACAAGGCUCCCUGCAGAGCCAGGCAAGGGGUCGGUCAACAGUGCCCAAGCUCCCUCUGGGACUCCUAGCUCCUCCGUGCCCCUGUGUGUUCUCUCUGGAGAGACUUCUGGCAUUUGGAUAAUAAACUAGAAAACUGAACUGGCUUCCAUUCAAACUGCCUGCACCCCCUUCCUAUGACCUAGGAAUCACACAGCUCUGGCCCUCCUGAGGGUUUCUGACUUACAUGUGGAUGGCUUCCUUAACCCGGCUGGUUUUCUGAAACAGGAUUUUAGAGGAAGUAAGUCACUCUAUUCUCUUUCCACUUCCUGUCAAAUUUUUUCACUUUUGUCGGAAUGUUUCAAUGCUGCUGGAUCCUAAAAUUGUGGUGCAAAAAUGUCUGGGGGCUUACCAUGUCCUGUGGAAAGGCUGGGGUGCCCAAGGUCACCAGGGCUGUCCAUUCCUUGUGAGAGUCAGAGGCAUGUGGGCUGGAAGCAUUGUCCUGCCCGCAUCCUACCUGGGUGGUUGAGACGGAGUUCCUCCGUGUGAAGUAGGCUGGGGGCGAAAUCAAGCCAAGGAAAAAGAAGGCGACGGAAAGACCACACAACAGGGAAGUAAUUUUGAAAAGCCUGGACAGGACGGCUCUAUGACCUUAGUGAUCGAGCUUCCACACUGGGGAGAGAGGGAGAGAGAGCCCAUGUUUGCUUUAUUAUAUAUGCGGGAAACUUCUGUUUUUCCACAGAGUGUUCUUCUGCCAAAUAAAGUAGGAGGUGGGCUGUCCAGGCCCAAUAGGUCACCACAGUUCUGGAGCUAGAGAGCAGCCUUCCUAGCCAAGCCAAGACUGAAGUCACGCGCAUUGCAUAAUCCAUUAAGGGCGAGGGGCCACAAAAUAGCUGCAAUGCUAGAUCAAAAUCUUCUUGGCUGAAGGCCAGUGAUGAUGCUAAAUAGCUCAGGAGUGGUUUUUCCACAGCACUGUACUUCCCCUGGUCAUCAAAAGGGAUGUGUGCUUCUGAGAAGUACCAGCCUAGAUCCAGAGCUUGCUUCCCAGAUAUUGAGACCAGUGUGUGGACUUAGUCCCAGUGACUCAGCUACCAACAUCUGCAACCUCAGAGAGCUCCAAAUGGGGAAGACAAAAAUAGGCAAGGUAGCAAAGCAUGACAUCUAAUCUCUGGGAAUUUUAAAUUGGGGAUUUGGGUUUAGUUUUAUUGAGAAAUUAGGGUUUUCACCACCCAGAAUUUAAGAGUGGUUAGCAAUUAUUCAUAUAUGCUUCACAUUUUUAAAUAAAAGAAAAAAUUACAGAUAAUGUUGAAGAUUCCCCUUUGUUCCUCACUCUGCCUCAUCCAUUUAUCUCCCUCUUAAAGGCAGCCUCUAUUCUCAAUCUGGUGUGAAUUAUAUUCAGCGUUAUGUAUUUUUUCAUCUAUGUAUCCAUGAACACUGAUAUUUUUGUGUUUAAAAUUUUAUGUGCAUAUUAUUCUGUGUUCUUUCACAUUAAAAUUAUGAUUUUUGA